CAUCCGUUGCUGUGUGUGUUUAGGGGAGCGACCCAAGAGCCGCAGUGAUGCCCGUAACGCUAGGAUGCUCUUCAGACUGCUGAUUUUAUGUGCGUCUGUUUUAGCUAUAGGCCUUGGAUCAGAUCUGCCUAAAUCUGGGACAGAGGUGUUCUUCACGGCACGGAAGAACUGUAUCGCCGGACCUUGCGCUGAACGUCAUUAAACAACGAUUUUAAUCUCGCUACGAACAAAAGGAAUUGAGUCUCAGCGAUGGAUAUUUUGAAGCAUAUAAUCAACAACACAGUUCAAUUCUACAAAUGGAGUUUUACCAUUGCAGACAAGCGUGUGGAGAAAUGGCCUUUGAUGGACUCCCCUCUCCCCACACUGGCUAUCAGCUUCUCAUACCUGCUCUUCCUCUGGCUGGGGCCGAAGUACAUGCAGGGCAGAGAGCCCUUCCAAUUGAGGAAGACCCUCAUUGUCUACAACUUUAGCAUGGUCAUCCUAAACUUUUUCAUAUUUAAAGAGCUCUUCCUUGCUGCACGGGCAGCUAACUACAGCUACAUCUGCCAGCCUGUAGACUACUCAGAUGAUCCUAAUGAAGUGAGGGUGGCAGCAGCCUUGUGGUGGUACUUUAUCUCCAAAGGCGUGGAAUACCUGGACACUGUGUUUUUCAUCUUACGCAAGAAGUUUAAUCAAAUCAGUUUCCUGCAUGUGUAUCACCACUGCACCAUGUUCACUCUGUGGUGGAUUGGCAUCAAAUGGGUUGCUGGUGGACAGUCAUUCUUCGGGGCUCACAUGAAUGCAGCAAUCCAUGUCUUGAUGUACUUGUAUUAUGGUCUGGCAGCAUUUGGUCCAAAGAUACAGAAAUAUCUGUGGUGGAAGAAAUAUCUGACCAUUAUCCAAAUGAUCCAGUUUCACAUCACCAUUGGCCAUACUGCUUUGUCACUCUACUCCGACUGCCCAUUCCCUAAGUGGAUGCAUUGGUGUCUGAUUGGAUACGCCAUGACCUUCAUCAUCCUUUUCGGGAACUUCUACUACCAGACAUACCGUUGGCAGCCCCGCCGUGAGGCCACAUCCAAGCCCAGCAAAGCAAUUUCUAAUGGCAUAUGUAAUGGAUCCCUUAUGGCCCGCAACGGAAAUGCUGCCAAGAUGGAUGAGAAACCAAUGGUGGCUGAGAGUGGGAGGAGAAAGCGGAAGGGCAGAGCAAAGCGUGAAUAAAACCAGAUCAGAUAGAAAACCAAACACAGGCAAGCGUUCAUACAGAUGCAAAAGAGACCACAGUUGCGGAGAGACUCAUUAGCAGGUAAAAGAUGAGUGAUUCACUGCUGCAGUGAAUCAGAUGGGUGUAACAGCUAAGAUCAAUAAUUUUCUUUAAAAAUGUUUUGAAUAAAAAGUAUGGCGAGUUUCUGCAACAUAGGGGGAGAAAUAUGAGUUUAAAUGUAAAGAGACUGGAAUACAUACGGUUACCCAAAGUAUUUAGACACGUUUGGACACUAAAGUCACACUUAUUAUAUCUGAAUGUCAUUGCAUUAGAUAACACAAUAUCAAAUCAAGAGGCAUCUGCAAUCAAAUGCUUCUAGAGCUUUCUCAGAACUACUUUUAUGAGCCAUUUUUGGAGUGACUUUUUAUCAACUGGUGUCAAUGUGAAAUUUAGUGGAUGAAUGCAGUCAGUUCUCCGUAUGUUUACACAGGUGUAGUUCAACACAUUGACUAUAAACAUGUGUCUAACGUUUAACAACCACAAAGUGUAAAAAAUACAUUUUGGUUUUAUUUUCAACAGUUUUAUUCUAAAACUGAAUUGUUUUAGAAAUUUGAGUUUAACAAAUUAUUAUUUUAAAUGCUUUGAUUAAUAAGUGAUUGUUUACUGUGUCUUAAAUAAAUGCCACUUGGUAUGAUGUUUCAUUAGCUAAUGCAAAGACAUUCACACAUUUAGUCUUUAGUAAAAUUAAAGAAAGAAUUAAUGAUAUCAGAUUUUUUUCAUAUAUAUAUAUAUAAUUGAUUCAAUUGGGGUACAAACAUCUGAGACCACAAGUGAAAAUGCUUUUAAUAAUAAAUAAUAAUAAAGACAAAUUAUGUAAUCAGAAUAGUAAUUUAAGUAAAAGGUUGAGCUGGUAUGAACUCCACAAGUGAUCAUAAAUGAUCAAGUUAUCCAGAUAACAUGCUCAAUGUCACAGAUUUUCUUAAUAUUGAAUAGUGAGCUUUAAAUAGUACAGAAUCUUCAUUUUUUUUUUUAUGUGUUUCUCCCCCCCAAAAAAAACAUUCCUAAAAAGUUUAAUUUCCACUUAAAAUCACAGAUUUGUAAUGUGAUCUCAGUCAUUUGGACCUCACUGCAAAUCCAUUUUGGAAACAUAAUUCUGUGUCUAUUUAUUUAAAAUUUCAUAUUAUAUUUGAAUUGUCUGUUAAAACCUGUGUAUCUGCUGAAUAUGUCAUGACAGUACUAUAAAGCAGACACCAUGUGGCGCUGUAGCGUAUUUCAAAAUUAGGGAUGCAUUGAUAUUUAACUGAUACAGAUAACCAAUCAUUAUUUUUGUUUUAACCAAUUAAUGGCAUGAUUUAUAUUGAUUUAACUGUUGUUAAAAAAACAAAACAAUGUUCACAGUGAAAUCACAAAGAAUGUUACAUCCUUCAAGUUAAAUCAGACAUCAACAACAUUAAUGUACAAUUUUGUUAGUUUGGCUUAGAAAGUGGCUUUGCUAGUUUUAGCUGCUUCCACUCUUGGCCAAAUCAGACCAAUUUUGCUCAGUUCCGAUAUAGUCACCUAUCAUGCAUCCCUAUUGAGAAUAUAUUUUGACAUCACCUACCAAGAGGUUACUAAAUAUCAGCAACUGUCUCAGUUAUAAGCAUACGAUACAUAGCUUUUAGUUUUCAUUGGAAAAUAAUAACCUUAUAUUAACUGAAAAUAGGAGUGGGAAAUAUGUUUGUAGAUGCAAUAUUGCAUUGUACAUAGAUAAGUCCUCAGAUGCUCCAUGCCAUAGUUUUUCAUUUCAUGUAGUUAUGAAUCCUAAAAUACAUGUGUUUGUCUUGAUUUCUUUAUAAUGUUGUGUAACCUGUGUAAUUUUGUACAUUGUGCUUUUGAAAAUGCAACAAUUAUCUACAGCUCUGGCAUUUUCUUUUCAGAUAUACAUUGCUGUAUAUAAAAUAAACUGAAAGCCAAUGCAUAGUCAGUUUUCUCUGUGUCUAAAAAACCCUUUCUCUCUCUGUUAGUGUCAUGCAGUGACAUCAUUUUAUACUUCAUAUAAAACUACU